CGUCAACCGAGACCAAUUAUAUAUACACUUAUCUUUUACAGUCUAAAUUUAAGUAUGCGGCUUACCAUUAUAUAUAGACCCUACUCCCUAGUAGGCUACUCACUAUCCAGUAUCAAGAGUCUCACUAAUGGAGUUUUUAAUUUAAAAUAUUUUUGUAUUUAACCGAGUGAUCAUCAUGUUACUGAGAAGCACAUCUGCUCCUAUUCUGAACUCAUGGCUUCCACAACACUGCUCGAGAGAAUCGUCACCGGAGCCCGAGUCACAGCUCCAGCGCCGAAACAGAUCGUUGUCUCUUCUCUCUUCAAAGUCCAUAGAUGAACACACUGGGGAGCUGUUGCACCAAACUCUCUCUGAGCACAAGGAGAGUGUUCUUAAAUCAACUAAUAACGACAACAAUAACCUGAUACCACGCAAGCAACGCAGGUCAUCUUUAGAUGAAAGUUCCCAGGGAACAGCCAACAGGAGAAAGAGUUUGGAUCCGCCGUCGACUUUUCUAAUGGAGAGGCUGUUCUCGAGCUCUGGACUGGGAGAUAAGGUCAGUGAUGAUGGUGAUCGUCUUGAGACCCUUGUGGGUGGUGGAGGCGGGUCGGGAAGCAGCGGCGGCAAGAUCUGCAACGGCGGUGGUGUCGGUGGAAGCGGUGUUGACGGCGGUGGAAGUGAGGACGCCGCCGAUGCGUAUUACAAGGAGAUGAUCGACUUGAAUCCUGGAAACUCGCUUUUGACAGGAAACUACGCCAAGUUCUUGAAAGAGGUGAAAGGAGAUAUGAAGAAAGCAGAAGAGUAUUGUGAAAGAGCAAUUUUGGGGAACACCAACGAUGGAAACGUUCUCUCGCUAUACGCCGAUCUUAUUUUGCAAAAUCAUGGAGAUCGUAAAAGAGCCCACUCCUAUUUCCAACAAGCUACCCAAAUGUCCCCGGAAGAUUGCUACGUGCAAGCUUCAUACGCAAGGUUUCUGUGGGAUGUGGAGGAGGACGAAGAUGAAGGAGAAGAAGAAGAGCAAAAGAGUGAUGAAAUUGGCCACAGGCCUCCAACUACCAUAUUCCGUGAUUUUCCCCAACACGCAUCCUAAAACACACAUGUACAACCUUCUUAUAUAUAUAUAUAUAUAUCAGUAUCUAUCUAAAUACUAUAUAUAUUAUUAUAUGCAUGUUUAAGACACAUAUGCAAAUGCAAUAUACGUGUAUAAUAUCACGUGUUGAGAAAACUUUAUAUGUUUUGUAAAUCUAAAAUAAAUGGCUAUAUUUGUUCUGUUCUGUAUGCAGUAUGCAAUGAGUCAAAUUAAAGUAUGAUGGAGUUUAAUAUAAGAUCGAUUUAGUUGACAUC